AUGGAAGCCAGUUUCACUGUGCAGAAAUCUGUUGCUUGUAAGUUUCUCAAACCAGGGCUUCUGGAUAAGGCACCGAAGGUGGUUCGAGUUUCAGUGAUGGAUCCCUAUGCCACCGACGAUGAAGCUCAAGAUGAAGGAAUGACACACCAUCCUACAGAGAAGAAGGUUGUGAAUGAGAUCAGAAUGGUGGAGCGCCAAACUUGUUUAACAGGUGUGUCUUCAAGAAAAACCACCGCCACGAAGCUUCGAGGAGUUCGUGAUCGUGGGGGGAGAUGGGGUGCAGAAAUCAGAGAUCCUGUGAAGCAGACGAGGAUGUGGUUGGGUACCUAUGACACCGCCGAAGAGGCUGCUAUGGCUUAUGACAGAGAGGCUAUUCGUCUCAAAGGCUCAGAUGCUAUUACUAAUUUCAUCAAACCCCCUGAAAAGAAGAGCGUACUCAUGAUAAAAGAAGAUUUGAACAUGGAUAUAGACAUGUACGAUGAUGUUACUUUCGACAAUGUUAACAAAGAAUCUGAAGAUAGUAGUGUUAUAACUACUGAAUCUGAAUCUGAUGAGAAUGUGAGUAGUAGUCAUGACAGUUUUUCACCUAAAGAAUCUCAUAUGAGUAGUUGUGGUAAAGACUUUCAUGAUAGUAGUAUAGAAUCUCCUAAUUUGACUUCACCCUCUUCUGCAUUUGAAUUUAUGGCGGAUGCUGAUGAGGUUUCUCAAUCAGAGUCUGAGAUCAGACAAGAGCAUGGAUGGGAAUGUGAGAUUAGAGAAGACAAAAGUUCGCAAUACAGCUUUUUAUUUUUAGAUUCAAACUCCACGGAUUGUUAUUUCGAUAUUAAUCAAACUCCUCCUUCGAUGUUUUUUGAUGAAAUGAGUAUGCCACAAUUUAUAUAUCACGAUAAAUCCAGUGAUAUUUCCCUUCCUCUUAUUGAGGAUUUUGAACCGUGCAAUAAUGAUAUAGAUACUUAUUUCAAUUCAACUGAACUUAAUUUAGGUAGCCGAGAAAUGUAA